GUAUAGUUGCUGUAAUAUAGAGAAAUAAGGAAGAAGUGUUUCCUUCUCCCCACUCUGUGUGACUGAGCUGAGUGAGAGUGGGUGCUAUAGAAGCAGACAGCCAGGGGGCGGAUGUUCGAAGGAUCGUAACUUUCUGCCAUUAAGAUCUUAGUUGUCCUCUCGUAGCCGACAUUUUUUAUCGUGGGCUACGACCACCGCUAAGAUGUAUUUUCAAACACCCGUCCGAACGCUCGUAGCUCACGAUGAUGCGAUCGUAAAGCUUGGUGCGUUCCGUCCCGCUGUCCAGGAAUGAAACUCGGCUGACUGCCGCUCAGCCAACCAGAAGAGGCGUAUUAACAGCCUUUGAGAAUGAUAGCCAAUGAUAUUGCACCGUGAAACGUAAACAAAUACACGCACUUGCAUGUGGAGACGUCAGUGUUACAUGUGUAGAUCCUCGCACCCCAGACAGCAAGAAGAGAAGAAGUGUUGUAUGUAAUCAGCAGUAAGCAGUGGUGGAAAGGAAAGCAGACAUGGCAAGUGAGGUGCCGCCCACCAAACGCCUUCGUCGUGCAAACUUUUCGGAUGAAGAAAUGCUGACAAUAAUACAGGGUUGGCUGGACAGAAAAACUGUCUUGCAGGAGAAGUUCAGCCAUCAAGUAACUGCAGAGAGAAAAAGAAAGGCAUGGGAAGAAAUAACUUGUGCUGUCAAUGCAGUUUCUCCUGUAGCAAGAGAGAGAGAGGAAGUGAAGAAAAAAUUUAUUGACUUCAAGUCAUCAGUAAAGAGGAAGCAUGCUGCUCUCAAGUGUCAACAGGAAAAAAACUGGUGGCGGAGUGCCUGAUGUAAAACCCCUGACCAGUGUUGAAGAGGCAAUGCUUCCGUUAAUAAAAGAUGUCCAAGUAUCUGGUGUUCCUGGACUUCGUGACCCUCAUCCUGCCAGUGAUGAUGAAGAGGACUUGGCAGCAGGUGACAUAGAUGUUACACUACCAUCAAGGCCAGCCUCACCAAGACCCAGUGGCACCCAAAACCUCCAGACACUGACACAGAGGGAGUAGUGGAGAUAGCAUCUGAACCUGCUCCACCACAAGCUGAUGAUCAUCAAUACAGCCAACCUCCUCAGGCUGGUAGAAAUCAGAGAGGCUCAUCACGUCGUGAGGGUACACUGGCUCCAGAAAUGCUUCAAGUUCACGAGGACAUAAGAAACUCCUUGUCUGAUUUGACUGAAUGCAUUACUACAUAUUUGCCAGGAAUAGCAACAUCUUUGAAUGAAUUGGCAUCUCGCAGACUUGUUUAGGAACAUUUCAAAAUGUCCUACAAAAUAUUCUUAUGUUAUUUUGCAUUCCAGUGUCAUUUCUUUUCUGAAUUUGCUCAUUACCAAUUUCUUUUUAUUUAAGGAAUACUCUUAUUAUUUUCCACAGUAUUAUUUUUCUAUUUUGCUUGAUAUAUAGGUAGUUAUUUAUUUUUAAAUUUAAGGAGUUUAUAACCUGUUUUCACAGUGCCAUUUAUUUUCUUAUUUUGUACAAUGACAUAUUUAUUUAUUUUUACGGAGUAGCCUAUUUAUUAAUGAUGAAUUCUUUUUGCACUAAAAGUUUGAAUGUAAUGCAGACUUAGCCUCCAAAUACCAUUUAUUAAUUAUGAAAUAAUUUUAGUGUACAUUUGCAUUUCCUCAAACAUUUCAGUUAAUAUUUUGACAAAGAUGUAAAUUUAUUUUGAAGGUGAACAAUUACCUAUUGUUUAUAAUAUUUAGUAGCUUUUCUUAAAUACUGCUUCAGUUUUUUGUCCUAGUGGUGUAUUUAGCUCACCAUUACCUUUCCUGUAGUAUUCCUUGUGUCUUAUAUGAAUGUGUAAAUAUUUAUAUUCCCAUGUAGUAACUCCAGGAUUGGAACCCGCACAAUGUGUGUGUAUAUACACAUAUUGUGUGGGUUCCAGUCGUCGAGUCACUGUAUGGAAAUAUAAAUAUUUACACAUUGAUAUAAGACACAAGGAAUACUACAGGAAAGGUAAUGGUGAGCUAAAUACACCACUAGGACAAGAAACUGAAGCAGUAUUUAAGAAAAGCUACUAAAUAUAUGGCCAAUAUGUUGCUGCAAGAAUGGGUUAGAGUGGUGACUCAAGUACAAGUAACAUUAGUUGAAUAUUGCAGUGGGUCAAGAAAUCAGGUAAACAUUUUUGUAACUGGCUGUGCAUUACAAUUUGUGUAAUUAGUCUAUCUGAUAGUACAUACCAAAUUAAUAAUGUGAUAUUAUAGUUACCUAUUACGAUACAUACCAAAUGAAUAAUGUGAUAUUAUACAGUUAGUUAUAAUGGAGAACCUAUUUUUUUUACUUUUGUACUUACAAAAUUAAUCAUAUAUGCAGUGUAAACUGCAAUAAACAACCUAUCAUGUAUAUUCUUAACAUUACCUUAUUUGUAGAAGGUAUCCUAUGUCCCAAGAAUGAUGAACAUCGUAAGCACCAUCAACAGUGGAACAACCAGCACAGCUCAACACAUUAAAACUAACUAUUGAUAGAAA